GCAUAACUCGUCUCUGCUAUUUUCAAGUUGUAAGCGAUUUGCCACUUCUAUUUCCAACAAAAAGACAGAGAUUUCAUCCGUUACAACAAAUUCGUUCACAAUUCUCUUUUUCUCUAAUGGAUUCCUUACCUACCUAUGAUCUUAGUCAGUCUGACUUGUCAUUAGCUAUGUUACUGCAGUUGGGCCUAGCUUCAAUUAUUAUUCCAGCUUCCAACACUCCUGUUAUUCUGGCCUCUGAGUCAAUUAUUUCUGUGGUUUUCCCUCACAACAACGUCCGUAUGUCUAAGAUCUUGGUACGCGAUUUGCUUCAUCGUGGGUCCCAAUACACAUAUUCUUCAACAACAAUCUGAUCGUGAAACUAUAUUCCCCUAAGCUACUUCGUAAAUUUGGGGUCGCAAUAACCAAUGCGUAUAUGCAACCUACUGGUAACUUUCGUUGUGUCCUGGGUGCCAGUAUAUAGUCUACUGGGUCUAUCAAUUUCCGUCCUCUUCUUGAGUCCUAAAUGUCCACAUGUAUUCAAGCAUUCGAUCAACCAACACAAUUGCGAGCUAUAUUGCGUGAUUCCUUGUUCCCUCCAAAGCCUGCGACCACCUUUUACGGACGUGCUAAUUCGACCUGGUAGAAUACUGGCUAUACUCAUUUCGCUUGAUUCGAAUGACUUACAAAAACAAAAAAAUCUACUGUCGCCACUUCUUUAUCAUUCGUUUUCAUUGUUGCUUGUAUUUUACUUGGAAUCUGGAGAUCUCGAUUGAGACAAGUUUUUGACGAUCAACCUUUCACAUUCACAACGGUGCUUCCAUUCUGCAAUCCAAUCGUAUGACAACUAUACUUUCAAACGCUGGCCGUUUAAAAACAGUGUGCUUUCUUUCAUAAAAAAUACUUCUUUUGACUUGUUGUCCCAAUUGUGCUCUUGGUCACUCGUAAAACAAAAACAAAAAACACAAAAAAGCAAAUAAUCACCCCUCAGUAACAA